GAGGAGUGCCAGAAUUACAUCCGUGUUCUACUCGUCAACGGUGACAGGCUGUUUACAUGCGGGACAAAUGCAUUCACUCCAAUUUGCACCAACCGCACGCUGACUAACCUGACCGAGGUCCAUGAUCAAAUCAGUGGGAUGGCACGGUGCCCCUAUAACCCUCUGCAUAAUUCCACUGCCCUCAUCACUUCCAGCGGGGAGCUGUAUGCCGCCACAGCCAUGGACUUUUCCGGCAGGGACCCGGCAAUCUACCGAAGCCUGGGAGGACUUCCACCUCUGCGUACUGCUCAAUACAACUCCAAAUGGCUCAAUGAGCCCAACUUCGUUUCCUCCUAUGACAUCGGCAACUUCACCUACUUCUUCUUCCGUGAAAACGCUGUGGAGCAUGACUGCGGCCGGACAGUGUUCUCUCGCGCUGCCCGCGUCUGCAAGAACGACAUCGGGGGCCGUUUUCUGCUGGAGGACACCUGGACCACCUUUAUGAAGGCCAGGCUUAAUUGCUCACGGCCGGGCGAGAUUCCAUUCAACUACAACGAGCUGCAGGGAACCUUUUUCCUGCCUGAGCUCGAGUUUCUCUAUGGGAUUUUCACUACUAAUGUCAACAGCAUUGCCGCAUCAGCAGUGUGUGCCUUCAAUCUGAGCGCUAUUACCCAAGUGUUCAGUGGGCCUUUCAAGUACCAGGAGAACUCACGCUCCGCUUGGCUGCCCUACCCCAAUCCCAACCCUGACUUUCAGUGUGGCACUAUAGAUUACGGCUCCUAUGUGAAUUUAACGGAGAGGAAUUUGCAGGACGCCCAGAAGUUCAUUCUGAUGCACGAGGUGGUGCAGCCCAUCGUUCCUGUGCCAUACUUCAUGGAGGACAAUGUGCGCUUCUCCCAUGUGGCCGUGGAUGUAGUGCAGGGCAAAGACAUGCUCUAUCACAUCAUUUAUCUAGCAACAGAUUACGGUACUAUUAAGAAGGUGCUCUCUCCGCUGAACCAGACCACGGGCAGCUGUUUGCUGGAUGAGAUUGAGCUUUUCCCCCCAAAGAAGAGGCAGCCAAUCCGCAGCAUGCUCAUACUUCACAGCCGCAGUGAGCUAUUUGUGGGAGUCAGAGACCAGGUCAUCAAAAUCCCCCUGAUGCGCUGCAACUUCCACAAGUCUAGAGAUGCCUGUGUGGGGGCCAGGGAUCCGUACUGCGGCUGGGAUUUGGUGCUCAAGAAAUGCACCACCCUGGAAGAAAGUGUCAGCAUGAGCCAAUGGGAGCAGAGCAUCACACGGUGUCCUGUGAGGAAUGUGACUGUGGAUGGUCAUUUUGGAGCCUGGUCAGGAUGGAAAGCUUGCAGUCAUAGUGAUGGCGGCAGUGUUGGUUCAUGCCAGUGUCGUACUCGAGCGUGUGACAGCCCGAGCCCUCAGUGUGGAGGGCAGCCGUGCCAAGGAAUCAGUGUUGAGGUGGCUAACUGCUCCAGAAACGGGGCAUGGACGCCAUGGACGGCAUGGGCUCCUUGCAGCACCAGCUGCGGGAUCGGUUUCCAGGUCCGACAGCGUUCCUGCAGCAACCCCACUCCCCGCCAUGGAGGACGCGUUUGUGUGGGCCAGAAUCGUGAAGAGAGAUACUGCAAUGAGCACCUGCCCUGCCCCCCACAUGUCUAUUGGUCAGCAUGGUCUCCAUGGGAGCGCUGCACAGUUCCAUGCGGCGGUGGGAUCCAGUCGCGACGACGAAUGUGCGAGAAUGGAAACGACUGCCCUGGAUGCAGCAUUGAAUUCCAGUCCUGCAAUACCCUCCCUUGCCCGGAUCUAAAGAAGACCACUCCCUGGACCCCAUGGACGCCGGUGAAUAUCUCAGACAAUGGAGGCCACUACGAGCAGCGGUUCAGGUACACCUGUAAGGCGAGGGUCCCGGAGCCCAGCCUGCUGGAAGUAGGGAGACAGCGGAUUGAGAUGAGGUACUGCUCCAGCGACGGAUCCACGGGAUGCUCCACAGACGUGGAUGGGAGCUGGUCGUGCUGGUCACCUUGGUCUAAAUGCUCAGUGACAUGCGGAGGAGGCCACUACAUGCGCACACGCACCUGUAACAACCCUCCACCUGCCUACGGAGGUGACAUCUGCCUGGGUUUGCAUACUGAAGAGGCCCUCUGCAACAUCCAACCCUGCCCUGAGAGCUGGUCUGAUUGGUCCGAAUGGUCCCCCUGUGACUCAUCAGGGUCUCAGGUUCGCCUGCGACACUGUGACGUCCUGUUUCCCACCGGCAACCAGUGCUCAGGCAACAGCAGUGAAACUCGUGCCUGUCUACCCAUCUCCAACUUCAUCCCAGAAACGUCUGUUGCACGUUCAAGUCGGGAAGAACAAUGGUGUGGAGACUUCAAUGUGUUUCACAUGAUCGCCGUGGGUCUGAGCAGCUCCAUACUCGGCUGUCUGGUGACCCUACUGGUGUACACUUACUGUCAGAGAUACCAGCAGCAAUCCCAUGAUGCCACAGUCAUCCACCCCAUCUCUGCCGCCCCACUCAACACCAGCAUCACCAACCACAUCAACAAACUGGACAAGUACGACUCAGUUGAAGCCAUUAAGACUGUAGACUGCGAGUUCACUCGCCUUGCUUUCUACUGA